AUGGACCAGGACCUGAGUGAGGAGAAACUGCAGGAUUUGUACGCAUGGAUAGACAAAAUACCCCUGUCGAGACCCAAACGACACGUUGCGAGAGAUUUCAGCGAUGGAGUGAUGGCUGCCGAGGUUAUAAAGCAUUUCUUCCCCAAACUGGUGGAGCUGCACAACUACAGCCCUGCCAGCUCCGCUCAGCAGAAGCUCAGCAACUGGAGCAUUCUUAACAGGAAAGUGUUUUCCAAGCUCAAUUUUCAUGUGACCGAGGAGACAGUGAAGAGGAUUGUGCUGAGCGCCCCAGGAGUGAUAGAGCCCGUACUGUGUAUCCUCAGGGAGAGGAUAGACAAGAAGCUGGAGCGUACGGGGGACAAUAUGCUGGAUUCAGAGUACUACAACACCAAGAAUGAUGGGAAACUUCCUGCAGAUACCAGUCAGGUUGGGGACCAGAUUCAGGCUCAGCCGAAAGCAGGAGAAAGGAUGAAAAAAGAAGAAAAGUUGACCUCAAGAAACAGCAAACCCCAGGCCUCCGUCCACUUCACCUCACACGUGGAUCCAGCCGUCCAUCUGCUCCUGCAGGAGAAAGAGCAGGCGCUCAUGACUCUACGGGAGACUGUGGAGAUCCUGCAAAUGAAAGUGAGCAGGCUCGAGCACCUUGUGCACCUGAAGGACAUGCGCAUCGAAGACCUGACGCGGCACCUGGACACAUACAAAACCAAAGUCAAUAUGCGCUGA